AUGGAACCCGAAUCCUCAGAUAGUGAUGUCUCAGUCGGCGGAGGGGACGAAUACAGGUUUGCGAGUCCACUGACCGCACCAAUUCCGCUCCCGCCACCUCCAUCCAAACAUGCCUUGGAAUCCUCCGAUGCCGUCCAGGCUCGUCUGGACGAGUUGCAACGCGUCGAAGAGCACAACAUCAAGAAGUAUGAUCUACUCAAAGCCAAGCGCGCACGCAAGGACGAGAAAAUCCGUCGCAAGCGUGAGAUCCAAGAUAAGAAGUGGUCGGCUAUCCUGGACGCUCGUCAACGUCGAGAUACCCGAAUCCAAGCUCGACGCGGGCGAGAAGAUGCUGCCUUUUCUCAGUUCUUUGACCAGGAGUUGGAGGAGGAAGAGACCAGCCUUCGUCGACGACUGAAGAGGCUCAAACGAGGACUACCCCCGGAGGAUUCCCCUAAACCGGGCCCUGCAAAGAUCUCCUCCAUGUCUAUGUCUCCGUCGGGCUCGACCCUCUCGACCCUUCCACCACCAACCAAACGUCAUCAAGUCGGUCCUCCGGGCCAUCCAGAUUCCGUCAAUCCAGCUCAUUCUCGGCCUUCGCCGCAGUCCAAUCUCGCCGCCCCUUCAAAGAGUACUUUCAGCGCGUCUACCUAUUCUUUCUUUCGAGACUCGAGCUCCGCGUACGCCCGGCCAUAUCACCACACCUCAUCGUAUCCCACCACGCCAAAUACCGCAUCUUCUACCACACCUGCCAACGGUCUGGCCAAUCCUUCUCAGACCUCGACUGAACGAUCACAUCUCAGUCACUUGGGGCGACCGGCUUCGCCCCUUGCGAGACCCGGCCCAACUGCUCCAUCCCCAGCCACCCCGGCGGCAGCUACGAAUCCACCGCGCCAAAUUUCGUCGAGUUACGACACACGACCACCGCCUACCACCAGCACUGGGGGGUUUGCCUCAGUCAAUACCCAGCCCACGUCCGGGUUUGCCACCAUCAACCCAAGAACGACUUCGACAUCACCUCUUCCUGCAAUUGGCUUGCCGAGGCAGUCGGUAGUCUCGGAAGCGAACAAAACACCCACUCAUCAGGUUCUCAAUGGAGGCAUGGAGAGCACUCGCUUCCAUUCGUACGCUGUCCCCCCCGGUGGUUCAGCCCCUGCAACUGGCCCGAACAAACGUACUCCUUCCACAACUCACCCAUACCAGAUGUCCGAGGCUUUUGCGAACAGACAUCACCAUUGUGAGCGAGUGGACAGUUUGAACCGCGGCAUUUGGACAUCCUACGGCGUUGGAGGGACAAAGGACAACCCAACAGGUCCCGCCGUCGAAAUGUAUCUUCGGUGCAAUCAUGACGGAUGUUCACGCAUUGACUGGCGAACGGUGCAUGGUUUGCAAUGUCACAUUGUGAAGAAUCACGUUCAACCCAAAGGAACCAUCGGCAGCCUCGACAAGGCAUUGGAAAAAUAUGGAAUUCCCGUCAAGGAGAUCGAAGAAUAUGAACGCACCCACGGAAGAGGUAGCGCCGGCACUAUGGCUGAUCCGAAGAAUCACAAGAUUAAAAUCAAGACCUUGGAGGCGUCAGGAUCCCCAGGAUAUACUGGAGAUCGUGCCCCAGGAUCGAAUGUUAUUGAUCCUGAAACCCGAUCUGUCGGUUACGGACCCAGCCCAACGCCAACACUUGACAGUCCGCCUGCGCCCGAGGGGAACAAGACGAGUCCUACAACGACGCUAUCCAACGGUACACCGAAGAAUGAAACACCGGCUGAUGAUGCAGCAAAAACUUCCGCAGCUCCAGUGCAACCGAAUGCUCCCGUACCAUUCGUUCCGUCUACGAACUGGCUGAAUUCGUACAUGACUCCACGAAAAUUUGAACCUGAACCGAAAAAGCUCCAAGGCGAUUUCGGCAUGAGUGAGACGCAAGGGAAAGAUGACCCAGCUCCUGCCAAAGUUGCAGCUUUGAAUGGUCAAUCGCAAACUGCGCAACCGCCUACGACCAAGGUGGAGCCGCACCAGGUGGAGUCUUCCGCCACAUCUACAGUAGAUGGUCCCCCCAAGGCGGUGAGCGAUGGAAGUAAGCCAGCUUCUCGCACGACAAGUCCUCCGGCAGCUCCACCAGUACUGUUGCCUUCGGCAGAAUCAUCCGCAAAAGAUGUCGAGGUUGGGCCCAGACAUGAGAAACCACAAACUGGCGACACUGGCUCCGAGCCCACGCAGGACGUUCCUCAACAGCAAGACAAGCACCAGGAUGUACACAUGAGUGGGACGGUAGAGCAGAAUGUGAAAGGAGACGAGAACGCCAAGGUCAACGGGCGGCCCGAAAGCGAGGCGACGGAAGAACCAAAACGCGACGAAAAGCCAGAGUCUACAGGACCAGCACGAGCAGAAGAUGCUCCAGAUCAUAUCGAAACCAUUGUUGUUGAUGGCGACGCGAGAGAACAAGAUGCAACACUCAAGAAAAAGGCUCCUCCGUCACCCAGCAUGACAACCAAGACUAUUCCGGCCACAACACCUAGCAGUGGGAGACGGCUCAGCCGGCGAUUAAGUACGACAAGGCGAUCGGUAGAUGUUGAUGGCGAUGCUGGCCCUGCCAAGGAAACGAGGACGUCGAUGAUCACUGAGGAGGGUAAAGACAAUAAAGAGGUCAAAGAGGAAAGGGAAGUUGGCAAACCCGAAACACGACGAUCGUUCAAUGUGCGAGUACUUCGACGAGGGAGGGUGUAG